UUGAAUUGGUCUAGUAAAACAUUUGUAAACAGUGAAUGAGCGUCUCAUUCGUUGUGCAUGUGUACGUGUUUCAUUCUUCGCAUAAUGAAACGGCGACUAUAAAUCGCUAUUGUUUCUAACAUAUCUAUAUGCGGCAAAGAAGUGUUCAAAAGAAGCACAUUAUCGUCACAAAAUAACAAGAAUAUGCUGCACAAAGCCUCGAAAUGAAAUACAACACGAUUCAAAGAAACAAGUGAAACGAUAAAUUAAUACAACGAGAAGAUGGUCAACAAUGCGCCCGAAACUAGUGAAAUUGAAAAGGAUUCAAAUAGUGGCAACGAUGACAAUGGAAAUGGACUUACACUAAGUGGCUGUAGCUCAAACGACGAUGUCAAUCCUUACAAAAGUUAUGCAAGGCGACGAAAAUGUAAUGAAAAUGUACAAGUUUCUGAAAAACAGAAAAAACGUGAAUCAUAUCAGCGGAUUUCGAUAAUUUUACGUAAGAGCGAAGAAACACGAACGUCCGAUGAACUCAAACAAUUGGAAGCAAACGCAGAUAUUGUGCGUCAGAUUAUCAAGCGUCGCGAACACAUUGCUAAUACGCGUGAACGAGUAUUGGAAAAAGAAGAUCCACCGGAAGUGAUUGAAGAAAAAGCGAAAAAAUUGGCCAAUGUUUUAUCUCGGGCUCAACAUUUGGUUGUAUACACUGGUGCCGGCAUAAGUACAUCAGCUCAAAUACCCGACUAUCGCGGCAGUCAAGGUAUUUGGACUUUGCUGCAACAGGGGAAAAAAAUUGGCGAAUAUGAUUUAUCACUUGCUGAUCCAACAUUUACACAUAUGUCGCUAUAUGAACUACAUCGUCGCAACAUUCUACGUUAUACGUUAUCACAAAAUUGUGACGGUUUACAUUUGCGGUCAGGCCUACCGCGUCGGUUGCUCAGCGAAGUUCAUGGUAAUAUGUACAUCGAAGUAUGUAAAUAUUGUAAGCCAAAUGUUGAAUAUUGGCGAAGUUUUGAUACAACGGAACUCACAGCCCGGUACAAUCAUAAAACAAACAGACGGUGCCAUUUUUGCUUCAAACCACUCAUCGAUACCAUUGUACACUUUGGUGAACGAGGACGUUUGAAGUGGCCGCUAAAUUGGGAAAUUGCGUGUAAAAACGCCGAGAAGGCUGAUGUGAUUUUGUGUUUGGGCUCAAGUUUAAAAGUACUCAAGAAAUACUCAUGGCUUUGGCAAAUGGAUCGACCGAAAAACAAACGACCUAAAAUCUACAUUGUAAAUUUGCAAUGGACACCGAAGGAUAAGAUCGCAUCGCUCAAAAUCAAUGGAAAAUGUGAUGAAGUCAUGAAAUUGGUGAUGAAGUAUAUGAAUAUUAAUGUCGCUCCUUAUAAUCGUGUGAAAGAUCCGAUUUUUGCACAUGUAAGCCGACUACUGCCAGAAGAACAGCACACCGUUUCACAGCCAAUGCUAAAACAUCAUACCGAUGAAUUGCUGAUAAAACAAGAAGUCAAAAAUGAAAUCAACAAAAGCAUGUACGAUGAAAAUACUCCCAAGAGUGAGACCGAUGCGAAUAAUGAUGAGAGUAAAGUGGAAAAUGCGCAAAAUAAAAAUUACAUAAAAGCCUCGGAUGACAUUAAAAGUGAAAAUAUUAAGAACAACACCGAUGCAGCUACUACGCAUAAUUUAAAAACAAAUAAAAAGUCUGACAGUUGCCAAGAAAAUGCUGUGGAAAUGAAAUUAAAGGAAAAUGAAUACUGUUUAAGUGAAAGAGAGCCAAAAGACUGUUUACGCACUGAUAAUGUUGAUGCAAAACUACCUCCAAACAGUCAUAUCGAAUUAAAUACAACCCAACCCAACAUACAAAGUCAUGAGAUCUCACCACAUGACACAACUAAAGCAGAAACCAUGGAAUUGAUGCGAAUGAAAGAUGAAGCCACAACAAAUCAUAAUCUGAGCGUACAACAUAAUAAUAUGAAAUCGGAGCUCAAAUUUGAAAAAGGAGAUGGCGAUGAGAAACAAGAUGAAGGUUAUUUAAAAUCGCUUAUCAAUUGCUAUCGAGCAAUAGAAGGUGUAGUACCACAUUGGUACGAUGUAAACUAUGCGUAUUCGGGACUGCAUAGCAUUAUAAAUCCGCCACCAAAUGAAGUCGACAUUUGGAGCAGAAUAGUCAUACCAAUUCAUCAGCUGAAUCGUAAUUUAGCUGAGUGUGAAUUCUGUUUUGACAAUUACGCUGAGGAUAAGUGCCAAUUCUAUCAGCCACUUCAAGAGUUUCAUGUGUCGGUCACGCGACGUCGUAACGGCAAACGUAUUCUAUGUGAAUGCUGCGACUAUGAUAAUGACAUUGACGAGGAACAAACUUCGUUAGAUGAAAUCGAUGGCAGCGAAGGGCCAAAAACAAACUCCGAAGAAGAUGACACUGAUUCAAGCCGUACAAAACGACUCAAAGUCGAUCAUUCGACUACAGCGAAUAAUAUGACUCAACGUGUUGUACAACCUGGGUGGUAUGGCAAAGGCUAUCGUAAAACGGCGAAACGCAAGAAAACACGACGGAUUCAAUUACGGUAGAUUCAUGCUACUAUAUUUCAGUUUGAUUUGUUUAUACAACAGAUUUUGAUUUCAAAAUUAAUUGCGAUGUUUAAUCGAAAAGUGUUCUUUUCUGUUUUUUUUUUUUGU